CGAGACCUCAACGAGUGCGGACGCGUUUGGCGGAGAAAGUGCGAAACAGAAACGUCUGAAAAAAAGGGAAAAAGGAGCAAAGGCCCCCAAAAGAAAGCAAAGGCUGUAAACAAACCCCGAAAAGCCAGCGGCAAGUGAAGAACCUUUGCGUUGCGCGGGUGUCCCGAGUGGAGCCAUAUGUGCUGGUGAAGAUUUGUAGAUCCAUUGGCCAGAAAACGAUCCGCAAACUGUAAGCCAUGGCCGAAAUCAUCGAGCUGAACGUCGGCGGCGUGAGCUACACGACCACCUUGGCCACUUUGCAGCAGGAGAAGGGCAGCCUGCUGGCCGAGCUCUUCGGCGAUUCGGGCCGCGACUCGCUGGCCAAGGACAGCAAGGGCCGCUACUUCCUGGACCGCGACGGCGUCCUCUUCCGCUACAUCCUGGACUUCCUGCGCGACAAGGCGCUCCACCUGCCCGAGGGCUUCCGCGAGCGCCAGCGACUGUUGCGCGAAGCUGAGCACUUCAAGCUGUCUGGAAUGCUGGAGUGCAUCCGCGGGGAGCGGGAUGCCCGGCCGCCGGGCUGCAUCACCAUCGGCUACCGCGGCAGCUUCCAGUUCGGCAAGGACGGCCUGGCGGAUGUCAAGUUCCGCAAGCUGUCGCGAAUCCUCGUCUGCGGAAGGGUGGCCCAAUGCCGCGAGGUGUUCGGAGACACGCUGAACGAGUCGAGGGAUCCCGAUCACGGUGGCACCGAUCGCUACACCUCGCGGUUCUUCCUCAAGCACUGCUACAUCGAGCAGGCCUUCGACAAUCUGCACGAUCAUGGUUACCGCAUGGCAGGGAGCUGCGGAUCCGGAACCGCUGGCUCAGCGGCGGAGCCGAAACCAGGAGUGGACACCGAGGAGAACCGCUGGAAUCACUACAACGAGUUCGUCUUCAUCCGGGACUAAGGAGAAAGGCUACCGAACCAAACACCCCACCCGAUCCAGCUCUCUAUCCCUGUGCUUUUCGUUUGUGCGGAACUCGCUUCCAAGGCUAUUAAGACCCAUCAGUAUUCCACGGAUUAGAUGGCCAAUCCAACGGUUUGAGUUUAAACCCACCUCUUGAUAUACAAAAACGGGAACAUUUCAAAUGUACAAUUGAACUAACAAUCCACGCACUUAAGUCUAGAAAAUUGUUGACAUAGAUAACUUAAUGAGGGAACGCAGGCGCUUGUUAAUUUCUCAGUUUUUCUUUCCAAAUUGCCUUGCUAAGUAAAUAUCGUUUAUCUAUAAAUCAGGGUGGGCCCAUCAAAUCGGACAUUACGAGCUGCUCUGCUCCAGAAACUCUUUGAUGAAUGGAAACGAAUUCGGAUUUACUGGCUGACAACAAGUGAAAACAAUUUGGCAAGUGCAGAGGAGAACAGCAACAACAAAGCGAACAUUUUAUUAGCCCCAACUUUUGUUGAUGCAGUGCAGUGUAAACAAGGCGAGUUGAAAACAUAAAACAGAUCACACAUCCAAUGAAAUAAAUUCAAACGAGGAGGAGAAGGCGGAGUAGGGAGACCUCGACAGCUGGAUAAACGGUUGGAUUUGUGGUCAAUCAAUCACACUAAGAAAACACACUGAACAAUUUGAAAUACGGGUUACUCUUUGAAACUAACGAAAUAUUGUAGCAACAGAUACCACAAACGACCGAACUCAAGCAAAUGGUAAAUCUAAAGUUUUAUUAGUCUAAUAAAAGUCGAAACUUGAAGUAAAGAAUAUACAAAUAGCGAAAUAGGAUAACGGCGAACAACAUAUGGCCCCGAAAAUAUAUGUUGACCCAAGCUGAAAAGCAGCCUGCAAUCCAUAAAACCCAAACGCAAAUCGAUAUUAGAAGUACCAUUCUUUGACUAUACAAACCGAACAACGGCUGUCGAAAGAUAUGCCCCUUUGCAAUAACUCUUGAAUCGUUUCCGAUUCCUUCAGAAUGGCAAGGGAAAUAUGCAUUUGGGCUGGCACUUUUUGAGAGCGAUAAAUCCCUGUUCAGAAGCAACAAUUGGAAAUGAUUUAAUAGUGCAUUUUAGCAAAAUACCAGAACCGCUCACACACUAACCGUUUUCAUCUAGCAGAUUUCCUCGUAAAUCCAGAAAGCAAUCAUCAUUCCCCACUCAUCGUUUACCAGUGCUAAAUAGAAUGAACUGGUGGAAGAGCCACUGUAAUUCGAUUAUGAUUUAUUAGUAAACUGUAAAACUGUAAAACUGUAAUGAGAAAUGCCAAAAACCAAAUGGUCACAAGGACUUCCAAAACCAACCACACACACAUACGAAACUAAAUUUGCUGAACUUUAGAAACCACUCUGUUGUUAUUGAUUUUAUCCACACUGGGAGCGGAAUCAUGAAAAUGUUUUUUCGCUGACAUAUCUCGCAUCGCAUUUUCGACAUUUCCGCAGGUUUGCUGCUGAAUCGUGUCCACAUGAAGGAAAAUUUAUUGAGCGCAGAAAUCUGAAAUGAAAAUGCCGAUGCGCAACAUUGAAACAAUACACUCAUGGAAUAUACGAACAACUUGUAUAGAACUAUAAAAACUCUCUAAAUCGUGUGUAAAGAGGCGCGUUGCAUGUGUAAUCAUCAACUAGGAACGUCGUUAUUUGCAUGAGAAAACUAUUAAGCUCCAUUAUAUACUGACUUUUGGCUCGAUGUGAGCUCGAGGCUCUUACACAGAUAAUAUGAAUCGAUAUAUACAAUAUCUAUAUAUACCUAAUUAUAUAUUAAAACAAUUGUCGAUAUUGAAAGUAUCUUAUAAAUGUUUAGUAUUAUUGUAAUUGAAUCCAAAUUGAAAGUGCAAGGCGACGGAAUGGUAUUGUAUCAUUAAUUAAAUUAAACUGAAACUAAUUUAAAUUAACUAAAACGAAAUGUAAAAUGUAUUUAGAGAAGCGCAAAGUAAAACUGCUAAAAUAGCCUAUCAAAGUGCGACUAAGCAAGCAUAUGUAUGUAAAGAGGUAUAACUUGCGAAAAGCGAAAAACCGAAAAAAAAAAACCAAACAAUAAAUUAAAGAAACCAAAAA